AUGCACUUGAAACUAAUGACAAUCGGAAUCUCAAGCACCUUCACAUAUAUUUUUUUUAUAGGACAAGAUACAUUUGAUUUAGGUGAUGCACUUGAAACUAAUGCUCCUACUAGAAGGCCUAGUGCAGUUACCAAAAAGCCAAGUGACGGCUUCAGCUUAGAAGAUGCUAUAAACGGUGAUGAUGAUUCUCCAAAAGCAACCGCACCACCUCCUAAGCCCAAACCAGGAAGUCAUGGCCACAGUGGGGGAUUUGAAGAUGCAGAUUUAUUAGAUGGUGACUUGCCACCUGAGAAUCCACAAUCAGGCCAUCCUUCGAAUCCUUCCUCAGGUGGGGAUGAUUCCGGAGCUAAAACAGAGUCUCCAGGCAUGCUAGCUGGCAUUAUUAGUUCCAUUGUAGUGGCAAUAGCUGGAGCUCUUUCAAGUUUUAUAGCAUACCAGAAGAAGAAGCUUUGCUUCAAACAAAGCGAUCAAGAAAACAUUCCUGUGGAAAGCCAGCAGGGAGCACAUGCAGCACCAUCUGUUCAACGUACACUUUUGCAGAAACAAUAGCAGAAUUUGAUAUGAAGAGAAGGCCAGAAACUGGAUUUAUAGCCUGCAUAAUUCCCUGAAGGAGCAACGCAAUGGAAUUGCAAAGUAGAUCUUUAAAAUAGGCCUGUUGAAACAUCUUUAGAAAGGAAGUGUGAUGUUUCUAACCAAUGAAAAAUAUUUUCAUCUACCAUUUACCUUUUGAAGUUCAAUUGUAUACAGGGUGAUUAUUGUUUUUCAAAUGUAUUUUUAUGGCAUUUGUUGAUUGGAUUAAAGUUUUUUUUUCUCUUUUCUU